UUGUUUUCUAAAAUAAAUCUACCUGUAUGACUGUUUUGUCCUUCGCAGGUAUGCUCCCUUAUUUUUUUACUUUACGUUGUGGUCGUCUUAACACGCUGAACACGGAUUGUGAGCCACAUUUGGUGAGCUGGAGCUUCUGGCUGCAGGACAGACUACAGGACAUCGCCUCGGCCGUGGGGACAGACACUUUGUGAAGCAGAGGAUCAGAAAGUAGUGUGUGAGGAGCUAAAUAAGAGCUACUGAACUCUUCAACUUGAAUGAUCAUUUGACAGCUGUUCAUUGCAAGGAUGGAUGAGUUACAGGAUGUGGAGCCGACGGAGAUUAAGCCCCUUCUGACAGACAAAAAUGCCCUAAUCUUUAAGGAUUUCGACUGUCAUGAGCAUGACAUUGAGUCCCCCCACGGUGUUCUCCAUGUCACUAUGAGAGGAACACCUAAAGGCAACCGGCCCGUGAUCCUUACAUACCAUGACAUAGGCCUUAACCAUAAGUCAUGCUUCAACACUCUUUUUAACUUUGAGGACAUGCAGGAAAUCACACAGUAUUUUGCCGUGGCUCAUGUGGAUGCUCCAGGUCAGCAGGAGAACGCAGCACCUUUCCCCACUGGGUAUCAGUACCCUACGAUGGAUCAGCUAGCUGAGAUGCUGCCCUCAGUCAUGACCCACUUAAAGAUCAAUAGUGUGAUUGGGAUUGGUGUUGGUGCUGGAGCCCACAUUCUCACCAGACUGGCGCUGAAUCAGCCUACACUGGCCUACACUGCCUCAAAGUUGUCAGGAUGGACCAGCAAAACUCGAGGAUGGACCAGCAACCUGGUGGACAUUGUGAUGGGGCAUCAUUUCAGCACAGAUGAGCUGACAGAAAACCAGGAGAUCAUUCAGACAUACCGUCUGCACAUCGCUCAGGACAUGAACCAGGACAACCUUAAACUGUUCUGCAACUCCUACAACAGACGCCGAGAUCUUGAGAUCGAGAGGCCUGUCAUAGGGCUUGAUGAGGAAACUGUAAACACUCUGAAGUGUCCUGCGUUGCUAAUUGUUGGUGAUACCUCUCCAGCUGUGGAGGCUGUUGUUGAGUGUAACUCGAGGUUAAACCCCACAAAGACCACCCUUCUGAAGAUGGCAGAUUGUGGUGGCCUACCCCAAGUUGUACAACCUGGUAAACUUGCUGAGGCCUUCAAGUACUUUGUCCAGGGCAUGGGUUACAUGCCCACUGCCAGUAUGACACGCUUGGCACACUUUCGUACGCACUCAGCUUCCAGCAUGAACUCUGUGGAUGGCACACGUAGCCGCACUCACAUUAACUCUCAGCCGUAGGGCGCUGCUGCCAGCCCAGGUCCUGAGUGCAAAGCCAGACCACAGACCAUGGAGUCAGUCAGGUCCUGAUAUUCGGAUGGAUAAAAGUCAGGAGGAAAACAUCAGAGGAAAACAUCAGGACAUUUGAAUGGAAAUGUGAAAGUAUAUUAAUAUUUGCUAUAAGUAAAUAUUUUGUUGUAUAUAUUAAGUUGAAUAAGCAAGGAUUUCCAGAACACUUCUUGCUGUAAGCAUUUAACCCAUGCACUUUCACUAAUCUAAAAAAAGUUGUAUGAAGUCAUUUGAUGAUGAAAUUUCAUCCAUUUUAAUCUGUACGUUUAAUCGGUUUUGUUUUGUUUUUCUUACCUCAAUUAUAGAGUUCUCUAUAAUGUCAAAGCUGCUAACUGUUCCAAAGUUUACACAUUACUGUUUACAAAAUUUAACAGUUUUUUAUUUUUAUAUAAUUUUUUGAAUUAAUAAAAAAGAUUUAAUGUUUUA